AUGUCGACAGACUUGCAAUUAAAGAACGAUUAUUCAGCAGAAUUCGACAGACUCCCGACGCUGCAAAAGAGACGGCUGGCGACGUAUAGACGCACUGCCGUUCCACGUGCACCGUUCGAGCGGAACAAUUCCAGUCAGCACUGCCACUUUGCGGAAUACGGCUCCACUGCAAAGCAGUUUAUGUGUGCGAUGGGAAAUUACUCCGUGACGUCACCGAAAAGUCCUGAUAACCCGCGUCCUCUCAAUGUUUUCCAUCACUUGGAAGCCAGAUGGCAAAGUCUCUGCAAACUACCUGACGAACUCAGCACACAUGGCUGUUCUAUGUGUGUCAUACACAACUUCAUGGUCAUAAUAGGCGGAUAUAAAAACGCACAGAGGGACAGUCUUCAAACAGAAGCAUUUGUUUAUGACCCCUUGUUCAACACGUGGUCGACUUUCCCGCCUCUUUCAACACCGAGAGCUUUGUUAGGGUUGGCUGUGGUGGAGGAUCAUGACGUCAUCUAUGCAAUAGGUGGGUCCAUUGUAAAGAUGGACUCCAGUGGACAUCCGGCCCCUGAGCCGCUAGCCUGUGUAGAAGUGUGCGACCUGAGAAUGGGAACAUGGAGGGAGGGGCCGAGGCUGCCCAAACCCAUCGUCCGUUCGAACGCCGUCACGUGCAACAACACGGUUUACACGAACAUCUCCUGACCGCAAAGUGACGUCAU